CUCUUUGAGAGCUGAAUGGUUGACCUCUUUCCUCCUAUUUACCUUUAUUUCUCUACCUAGAAGCAAUCCUCAGUCCUGAACACAUACUGAAGCACAGUCACUGCCAAUAAUCGGUUUGAAAGAAAGUUGCUGCUGUUGUAUGAGGGGACAGUGGGUCAAACUGCUCACCUUAUCCUCGAGGGGUACACAGUCUGUAUUUCUCAUCUCACUUGACGACAACCACCUCAAAAGACAACAUUGCGCAUCGACAUUUUCAGGCCACCCUCACUCGACACUAAACAAGAUAUCUACACCACUGCCAGUCACAAAACAGAAGAAGGAUAACAAGAAGAAGAAGAAUAGGGGGGGAAGGUAGAAAAAGAAUGGAGUCCCUCAGUGGAAACACCAUCUCUCAUGGUGUCAGACGGGCUGGUCCCACCACCACCCGCCCACCCAGCCCUCCAUACAUUCACAUCCCCACCCCUCUGAGCCUUGGCCCCGACGCUGUGAUCCACAUCACGCCCUCCUACGAGCAUUCUUUCGCCAGCAACCUCACUGCCGAGGACUUCGACAUCAUCACCGGCGGCCUGCAGCAGCGUAGUGUCUCGUAUACGGCCAAUCAGUCAUGGGUGUACGAGGACCGCCGCAAGGCACAGACUAUCCUGGACUACCUCUACCUGGGCCCCAUGUCCACCGUCCGCGACCGCGACUACCUCCGCAG